AGAGUGCAGGCCCGGAGUGCAAGCCUGGAGUGCAGAAUGCAACUCCAAAAUGCAGGCCCAGAGUGCAGAAUGCAGGCCCAGAACGCAGCUCCAGAGUGUAGAAUGCAGCCUGUGAGUGCACAGUGCAAUCCCAGAGUAUAGAAUGCAGCCCUAGAAUGCAAGCCCAGAGUGCAAGCCUAGAGCGGAGCAUGCAAGCCCAGAGUGCAGCCCCAGAAUGCAGAAUAUCGCAGCCGGGCGGCACUGGGGAGAGCGGAAAAAGCACGUUCAUUAAGCAAAUGCGCAUCAUUCAUGGCUCAGGCUACUCUGAAGAGGACAAAAAAGGUUUUACCAAGCUGGUAUAUCAAAACAUCUUCACUGCCAUGCAGUCCAUGAUCAGGGCCAUGGAAACCCUGAAGAUUCUGUACAAAUAUGAACAGAACAAGGCCAACGCAGUCCUGAUCCGGGAAGUGGAUGUAGAAAAGGUCAUGACGUUUGAGCAGCCCUACGUAAGUGCAAUUAAAACCUUGUGGAAUGACCCUGGAAUACAAGAGUGUUAUGACAGAAGAAGAGAAUAUCAGCUUUCUGAUUCAGCUAAAUACUAUCUGAGCGACGUGGAUCGUAUCGCUACUCCAGGAUAUCUACCAACUCAGCAAGAUGUGCUACGGGUUCGAGUUCCUACGACCGGUAUCAUAGAGUACCCCUUUGACCUAGAGAAUAUUAUCUUCAGAAUGGUGGAUGUUGGAGGUCAGAGAUCAGAACGGAGGAAGUGGAUCCAUUGCUUUGAAAAUGUGACUUCCAUCAUGUUUUUAGUAGCACUUAGUGAAUAUGACCAAGUUCUGGUGGAGUCUGAUAAUGAGAACCGGAUGGAAGAGAGUAAAGCCCUCUUCCGAACCAUUAUCACUUAUCCCUGGUUCCAAAACUCGUCGGUUAUCCUCUUCCUGAACAAGAAAGAUCUGUUGGAAGACAAGAUCCUGUAUUCCCACCUUGUUGACUAUUUCCCAGAGUUUGAUGGCCCGCAGAGGGACGCGCAGGCAGCCCGCGAGUUCAUCCUCAAGAUGUUUGUGGAUCUGAACCCCGACAGCGAUAAAAUCAUCUAUUCCCACUUCACCUGCGCCACGGACACGGAGAACAUCCGCUUCGUCUUCGCGGCCGUCAAGGACACCAUCCUGCAGCUCAACCUGAAGGAGUACAACCUGGUUUGACGCGCUCUGCUCCCGAAGCCUUUCGAGGGGCCCGGUUGUAAAAGGAAAGACAAAAAAGGAGAAAAAAAAAAAAAAAAAAAAAGUUUUAAACGUGACCGGGGAAAAACAAACAAACAAACAAACAAAAUGUUUUAAUUUUUGAUGAUAUAAUGAUUGCCAAUUUGUCUGAUCUGUGGAGUGGCAAGUGCUCGGUGUUACCCUGGAGUCUCAUGGCUCUGUCCACAGAGUAGCUGAUUUCAUAUUUUUAACAAAUUGCUUUUAUUUCACAGUUAAUGGGGAUAUGCCUCAUUCCUUCAGCACCUUGCUCACUUCUUAAUUGUUGCCAAGCAGCUCGGGCGGCCUCAUCUCAAGCUUUCUUUCGUUGCUUAGCCACUUGGUUUUGGUUUUUUUUUUUUUUAUUUCCCCUUUUCAUUCCCGUGGUGUCUGUAGAAAAAGAAACUUUCCAUCCGAGAUCGUGAAGUCACUGGACUGUGGGAGUGUGGAAUGCUACUGGUCCCUUUGCCUCGUGCCGUAGGGUGCCCCUGGUGUCAUUUGCUGACCCUGCUUGCUUCCCUUCCCUCCCCCCCCCCUCCCCUUCCCCAGGACACGCUCCAUGGUUCACUGUGACGAAACGUUGGGGAAGAACCAAGCGCUCUCCAAAAAAAAAAAAAAAAAAAAAAAAAAAAAAAAAAAAA